AGUUGGUACGUCCAGUUACGUCGCGAACCGUCGCAGAACGAACGAACUCAGGCCAACUGUGGCCGACGUGGGCCGACGGUAGUCAGAAUAUGACGAGACCGCAUGGAUCCUGCAAGGGUACUACACUGUUUUUUUUCGCAACAUGCAAGGAUCGAUUUCAAAUUGUGCCGAAUUGAGCAACGUUCCAGUAAAUGACCAACGGUUGUACACACGUCGGACCAUUCUGUCGGAGAACAUUAAUAGAACAAAGUUGUCCAGGGAAUUUGAAAAACAUUCGAAACGUUCACAGCUCUAUAAUGAAAAUUCCGAUGACGACGAGGAUGACACAGAAUUUUUUAACAAUAUAAAAAAGAAAAUUUCCAAAGAGGAUGCACCGUAAGAUCGCACAAAAUGCGAAGCGUAAAACCGGUCCCACCUGUGCAUUCUUGGCUUCCUUCUCAGGCAAUAUCCAGUGGUGUAUACGUCGACAAGGAAGACAUCGCGGUUGGACGAAAAUUUCUGGAAAGUUAUGAAAAACUUUAAACAGAACCUAAAGAAACAACGGGAAUGUCGAGUGAUCUCGCCCCCGCAAGAGGCUUUUCGGAAGAAAGAACGAAAGUCGAAUUAUCCUUCCAAUUCAUUUGAAUCUGGCAACGAAGAUGCUUUUUCCAGUUUGGAACGGCGACCGCCGGAUUCUGAGAUCAAUUCUACAUUGGGGGACGGUUCUCGAAGAACGUCUACGCAAGCACCUGUUUUCUCAUUAUCCGAUGACAUUACUUUGUCGCCAACUGUUCUCUCUCUGCGAGACGAACGCCUCGAAAAAGAAAUAGAGAAAGAAGUAUAUUAUAUUUCAGCAAAUCGGCUAAUGGAUCUUUGCGAAAAAGUGAAUGUACAGAGUCCUACUACUUCGUUCUCGCAUUAUCCUUCCCUCAUAGCUUCCUCAAUAAUUUCACCAUAUCGGCAGUUCGACUCAGAACCAGAAUAAUUAUUAAGUAUAAAAAUUGCAAUGUAUGUACGUGGUUCUCGGCUGGAUAUAAAUGUUACGCAAAAAGUAAAAUAAAAUUCAAUAGUGGAUAAUUGUAAUUAUUGUAAGAUCCGAGUAAGGUCUUUCGUUCCGAUUCGCUUUGAUACACCUGCUGCAAACCCCUGAUGUUCCUCUACACUACGCUACACAAACUUAACACCAUACUUGAAUUAAGGAUACGAAACGAGAAGUCCGGGAAUCCGAUCAGAAGCGAUUGUAGCACCAUCUCAGGGUAGCGAUUCGUAAUAGGUUCUCACUGACAUACAUCUUUUUUUUUACAUUCUUAAUCUCCUGACUUGUUCGGAUUUCAUUAGGUUUCAGCAAAAAUUCCUUAUAUUUGGAAAGCUCAGGAUGAAACCGAUUUCGCAGCAUCGACUUCAAAAGUGUCUUUGAUCCCGUUGUCCCGAUUGCUGUGCGAUUGAUUGCGUGUCCAGUAUUCUAAUUGUUUAGUGGGAUAGCACGUGCUACGAUUUGGCACGGGUUAGGUAUAGUUAAGAUGCCAUCCUUGGGCAGUGGCGGCCGUCAUUUUUUGCCACCCCAAGAUAAACCUCAUAUAUUACAUUAAUAACUAAGUGAGCGAGGAUACUUUAUUAGUUCUUCUUCAUUGAGAUCUAUCAUGGAUAGUAAAUCGUGCAACAAUUUCGUAAGCUACGUUGGGUUUGAGGAGCAUGAAAUGCAGCCUCUUGGAUCGAGUCGCCGUAAUUCAUCUUGUGAAAAUGGGAUAAAGUUGUUGCCUGGUGAACUACUUAUUGCCAAAGCUCAAAAUGUCCUCAUGUUUUCACCUGUUGGUGAUUCAAAGCAAGGGAUGUCUGGAGUUUUGUCUGUUACUAACUUUAAGCUUGCAUUUGUCACCACAGAUGAUACCAAUGGCGAGGAUGCUACGCAUCAGCAAAAUCACCUUUAUGGAUAUACAGAUACCUGCUUAACAAAUGUAGAUGCUAUUUAUGUAAUAGCAGGUGAUAAAAAGAGGCGACUUUUACCUGGAAAUCCAGUUCCUUCCAAAGUUAAAGGUAUCUUCAUUAUAUGCAAGAAUAUGAGAACAUGGUUGUUUUCCUUUAAAUUUUCACCUCUGAAAGAUGGCAAAAAUUUACUCACUGCGUUGCUGCAUCAUGCAUUCCCUAAUAGUCACCAUCGUUUGUUUGCAUACGAUUACAAAGAACCUUACUACAGUAGUGUGGACAAAGGGGUUCAAUUAUUUCGCGAUAUCUCAGAUUGGCAAAACGAAUUAGAUCGGACAAUGCGUAACAGAGGACAAAUGAAAAAAGGUUGGAGAAUAUCCUCUAUCAAUGUUCAGUUCAAACUAUCUGAUAGCUUACCGCAAUAUGUAAUAGUGCCAGCUUCAAUAACUGAUAGUCAGUUAAACAAUGCUGCGCAACAUUUUCAAGGAAGUCGACCGCCGAUAUGGUCCUGGUCAAAUGAACGCGGAGCUGCUUUGGUCCGAAUGUCCGAACUACAUCCCACGAUAACCGAACGGACUCAGGAAAAUACAAUGUUUGAGAACAUUCGUAAGAGCCAUCCGCAAAUAUUGGCGCCGAUAGUUAUAGAGUUAAAUAAAGACAUCAGUGUAAAGUCAGUGGCAGCAGGUUACUCAAAAUUUGUUAGCCUGUGCUCUCCAGAGAACAUCAGACAAUUCUGGCUGCAAGACAAUAACUUCUAUUCGCUGUUGGAAAGUACCAGAUGGCUCAAGUACAUAUCUUAUAGCUUGGAAAAGGCUGUCGAAGCUAGCGAGCAUCUCAAUCUUGGAACCUCCGUAAUCUUGCAAGAGAGUGACGGUAGGGAUAUGUGCUGCGUUGUUUCCAGCUUGGUACAGUUACUCCUCGAUCCACACUUUCGCACUAUAACCGGCUUUCAAUCUCUAUUGCAAAAGGAAUGGAUAGCCGCGGGACACCCAUUUUGCGAUCGUUUGGGUCUGGUAGUCAAGGCUGACACGGAGAAGUCUCCUUUAUUCCUCCUGUAUCUGGACUGCGUUUGGCAGCUGUGUCAACAAUUCCCAGCCGAGUUCGAGUUUACCGAGACCUACCUGACGACAGUGUGGGACGCAGCUCAUGUCUCCAUUUUCGACACGUUCAUAUUUAACUGCGAGAAGGAUCGCGCACGGGCGGUUAUAGAUCCCAAUUAUCCUCUGGUACUCCGCAGUGUAUGGGAUUGGAGAGAGCAGUUUAAUGAUCAGGACAUUCUAUUGUUCUACAAUCCAUUAUAUAAUCCUGAGACGUCGUGCACCACGGUAAAACCCCUCUAUGCUAUUCCUUGUUUAGAACUUUGGACACAAUGCUAUUUCCGAUGGAUUCCGCCGCUGGAGAUCCGUAAUGGCGGUAGAAAUCACAUAGAAUUGUACACGAGACUCAUUCAGAACGACAUUAGUCGAUUGAAGGUCAACGCGAACGGUAGUUGCGCUUCACCCGUCGAUAAAAUCACUACGUAUUUGCUUCAGAUGAACAUUGACAGCUUCUACCCUUUUAGUAACAGGAAUUCUGACAAUACAACAAUAAGUACGCCUAUUAUGAAUAGUUCGAUGCUCGUAACCGAGAGUCUCCUGGAUGCGCAAUCCUUGUUAAACGCUCCUGAUUAAUUAAAAUUCUUUUGCUUUUUUUUCUCCUAAGUCUUGUAAUUUUUAUAAAGGCAGAAGAUACGAUUAUGUGUAUCAAACUGAGCCUACAGCAAGACGUUGAUACGAUCUUCGAUGUCAAUGUCACGGUGAUAUUUCGUUAUUUGUUAAUAAUCGAGCAGCUUUACCUCUGUUAUUCAUUGUUUUUCUCUAUAUCUUUUACAACAGAGAUAGCUUUAUGCUAUAACUAUUUUUCUUUUCCCCUUUAUUUUCCGUUUUAUAAUGUCAUAAUGUGGCCCAUCCCGUUACGUAAUUUAUUCUUAUUUAUUGUGCAACAAGAGCUUAUAUAGAUUUAUCGAGGAAUAAUAAUAAUACAAUGUAACUGAAAUAUUUUUUUAACGAUAUGGAAUGGAUAUUAGAGAGAAAGAAGGCAA